AGAGAGGGGGGAAGAAGGAAACAAAGGGGUGAAUCAAUUGCUAGCUCCCCUUCAUAAAAACAUUACCUUCUGAAUUUGCCAGUCUCUCUUCUGAAUCUCUGCUCUUGUCCACUAUCCCACUUAUGGGCGAAGAGAAGAUGGAGGAAGGAAAGAAGGAAGGAGGCAAAGAGGAAAAGAAAGAAGUGAAGGGUGAGAAGAAGGAGGAGGAAGAAGAAGCAAGCACAGAGAUAGUACUCAAGGUCGACAUGCAUUGCGAGGCCUGUGCCAGGAAAGUUGCAAGAGCUUUGAAAGGAUUUGAAGGAGUGGAGGAGGUGAGUACAGAUAGCAAGGGAAGCAAGGUGGUGGUGAAGGGGAAAGCAGCAGAUCCCAUGAAGGUAUGUGAGAGACUGCAGAAGAAAAGUGGGAGGAAAGUGGCGCUCAUUUCGCCAUUGCCAAAACCUCCAGAGCAGAAGAAGAAAGAAGAAGGACAAGACAAAGAAGCGCAGCAGCCUGAGGAGAAAAAAGAGGAGGCCCCACCAGCAGUGGUAACCGUACUGCUCAAAGUUGCCAUGCAUUGUGAAGCAUGUGCUCAAGUUAUUCAGAAGCGAAUCCGCAAGAUUCAAGGAGUAGAAUCAGUGGAAACAGACUUGGGAAAUGAUAGAGUGGUGGUGAAAGGGGUGAUUGAACCUAGCAAGCUAGUUGAAUAUGUGUACAAGAGAACGGGAAAGCAAGCUUCCAUAGUGAAGGAAGAGGAAAAGAAGGAGGAAGACAAGAAGGAGGAAGAGAAGAAAGAAGAAGAAGAAGAUAAGAAGAAAGAAGAAGACGACAAUGAUCAAACUGAUAUCAUCAAGAAGAUGGAAUACUGGCCUUCCAAAUACUUCACUGACUAUGCUUAUGCUCCUCAGAUGUUCAGUGAUGAGAACCCCAACGCUUGCUCCCUUAUGUGAAACACUCGCUUUUCCUCUUUCACUUUACCUUGUAUAUUUAUUAGAUGGAGGCUCAUCAACUCGAACAAUUUUCUGCACCGUUGCUGCAUAAUGUUUCUCAGUGUUUGUAGGGUUUAUGCUUCUCCUGGCCUCGUUAACUACUGCCAAAGCCCAAAACUUCAAGCGCCCAAUGAUUGUUGUCAAAUUCUGCACCAGAUUUGUGUUUAGAUAUGAAACUCGUUCACUUGUUAUGGUAUUAUUGCAGAAUCUGAUAGCGAACGAUCAUGGAGUUGUACUUGACUUCUCUCCUUAUAGAUGUACUCUGAAAAGGGUGGAUUGAAUGACUUAUGUCUGUUUGAGGGUACAUUUGUACUGCUGAAUUUUGUCCUUACAGUGCUUGUAAUUAUCAUGUUGCAAGGAUGAAUCUAGAUUGAGAAAAAUGUGUGUGUAAAA